AUGGCGUUCGGCGUUCUGACUCGUGACUCGAGCUUUCGUUUGCGCCCGGGAAGGCUGCCAAUGUCGAUCGAGUAUGCUCGGCUUCCAUUGAAAGGUCAAAGGUCCCCGGAAUGGACGGGUGACGUGAUAGUGGAAUUGUUGCCGUUUGUUUUCUGGCAGGAAGUAGCGUGGUGGACAGCUGCCGAGGGUCGCUUUGAUCCGACCGAUUGUCGGUUGUUUGCGAGUGGCACAUCGUGGUCGAUGCCGGUAGCUGCUCAGAAGCUAGCGAGCCGCCGAGCCUAG